AUGACAGCAGUGGCAGUAACAACGGAGGAGGUGACAGCGGUGGCGAUGACUGGCCAUGAUGCAAAGACGUUGCGGGUGAACAAGAUGCUGAACCUGGUGAUGACACCGUUGCGCCAGCGUUCUUCGGCCGACCCCUUUGCUAGAUUGGCUCUGGUGCGUACCCUGUGGCACUUGGCUGUCAAGCUGGGACCACAGCAUCUGUCCACCUGCUUUCAACUGGUGGGUGUGCCGAUGGUGAAGACUCUGGUUGGUUUCUUCCUCGAGUCAAACACAGUACUUGAGAACAAGCAUGACCAUGACAAUCUUCGGCGGGAGUGCUUCUACGUGCUGCUCAGGCUGCUGCAACUUCCACUGGAGAGGGCCUGGAAAACCACCAUGGACAAUGUGCCUCUGCCCCCUCUGGAAAGCUCUUUUGGCACUGGCUUCCUGGGACGUCAUCUGGAGAUUUUAGAACCAGCUUGUCGUGCAGCCAUUGGCUUCAUUCAACAGUGUACAGAUUAUGCACCUGAUCUUGGCUGUCUGCUGAUGCACUUGCUGCUUAAGCAUGCGGCGGAGGCCCACUCAACUGACAGCGUGCCUGCCGCUGCGGCCCUGCUCAAGCUUGUUCUGGAUGGCCUUUCCGACUGGAUCUUGGUGGCACCACUUGCUUGCAAGACCAUUCUGCUGGAGGCCAGUGAACUUCCAGAGAAGAUGCUCACUUCUCACUGCUACUACUCGGGAAAACUGGGCCUGCUGCACGGCACACCAGUCCUCUCUUUGCUGAGACUUCUGCUGCAGCCUUCACUGCUGGCUGUCUUUUGCAGCACUGAUGAGGUGAUGCAGCUGUUCCAGCGCCUGCUGACCUUAGGUCUCCAAAACCCUUCCCGGCUGCACCUGGCACAGUCGGUGCUGAGUUGCCUCGAACGGUGUCCACCGGCUCCAUCUCUUGCCUCGUCCCUCUGGACAGUGCUGGCCUCCUCCCUGCUCACUUUUCUGCAGUCGGGCCACGAGGUCAACCAGGGCAGUGACCUGGAACCCGACUUCUCAGCCUUGGUGGCGGCCCUCGCCUUUCCCAUCCACCAUGCACUUCCCCAUGUGGGGGCCAAGGUGCGCAAGGCCAUGUCACGCAGGUGGCUGCAGUUGUACCAGGCAUUCUCAUGUUCAGCAGUGCUGGUGCCGAACGUUUCCCCACAGGGAGUCUGCCACGAGGUCUGUCGCCGCCUAUAUGCAGGCCUCAACGACCAGCUCAAGCAGGACAUAGGUUAUGUGGAUGCUGUGUCGGAACUUCUGGCAUCUGUGAGCAGCUGCUUGCCUUCAUCCCAGCCUAAUACAAGUGGUUUGUCGCCCAGCAACUUGUCUGCCAGCCCCAGUUCUCCUCGUCGUUGGGGUUCGCGGCAGCAGCGAGGCAGUGCCUUAGGCAAUUUACAGCCAUAUUGUCAAGCCUUGGCUUGGGUGCUGGACGCUGUUGCGAGCCACCAGUUGCUCCCAAAUGAGUCCCGCCAGUCAGUGGCCAGCAUUGUUGGGAAGCUGGUCCGGCCAAUGCAAGGCUUGCUCUCUUCACUCCACAGCAUGCCAGCCCUGGUCGAAGUUGUGACGCUACUGGGGCCAGCAUUGUCCAAGCUUCUUGUCAGAGGCAGUGGCUACACCUCAAAGGUGGAGCCAGUGUGGGCAUCCCUGUGUUCAGCCCUGUCCUCCCAGUGCACGUCGUGUCCGAGGGAUGACUCCCUCCUGUGUGCCCUGACUCCUCUGCUCGAGGUGGCCCUGGGAUAUUCACGGGGCCAGGUGCAUGACCGUGCUGUCCACCUGUGGCAGUCACUGUUUGCCCGUUCUCCCAGUCUGCAUGUGCAGCCCAGGCUCAGGUUAGCUCACAUUUAUAUCCACCCUCAAAGCGCACAAGCAUUGAGCAAAUGUUUAGAAUGCCUCUUCUAA